GGAUUAUUUUAGAAGCAGUGUGUUAAUGUUUCGGGCUGGCUACUUCCUUUCUGUUGCUAGGCACUUACGCCUUCCUUCCCAGCAGAGGCUGUAAAGUGCCACCGUCACCGCGGCUGCUGCUAUUGCAGUAGGGUUUGCCACACAUGAUCUGCUUAGCUCCUGGGGAAAUGAUGGGGUUGAUGAUAUUCUCCUGGAAAACCUUUCACCACAGAGAUUCAUCUCAGCUGAGCACUGAAUAGCUUAGCAGAGGCCUUCCAUCUUCUCUACCUUGUUACCAGAGGACUUUCUUCCCUUUUCAGCCUGUGAUCUGUGCAAACAACUGCCUGAAGGAGAGCUUAUCAGAGGGGGAGCUUUAAACAUCAGUAGUAAAAGUCUGUAAACAUUUGAAUAAGACUUUUGCAAAACACAUUCUGCAGCAUGGAUUCUCUACCAGAACAGUUUUUUAUGAGUAGGGAUCCUCCUGUGGAGGGGCAGAUUAAGGAGGACAUCAAGAAUAAGGUAGAAAAAUCAACUGAUCAACUGGAUAAACAGGAAAAGGACACACCUACCGAUCUUGUCUCUGUUAACCUACUAGUAGAGAUGAAGAAGUUAUUGAAUGCAAUUAAUACUCUACCAAAAGGUGUGGUCCCUCACAUUAAGAAGUUCUUACAAGAAAAUUUUUCCUUCCAAAUCAUGCAGAGAGAAGUUGCAGCUAACAGUCAGAAUGGGGAGGAAAUUGUUCCUGUUUUAACUUUACGUUGCUUGAUAACACAACUGGAAGCAGCACUUAGGAAUGUUCAGGCUACUAAUUAUACUGCACAUCAGAUUAAUAUUGGUUAUUAUCUGACAUUAUUAUUUUUGUAUGGAGUAGCACUCACUGAAAGAGGAAAGAAAGAGGAUUAUACAGAAGCAGAGAAUAAAUUUCUAGUGAUGAAGAUGGUGAUCCAAGAAAAUGAAAUUUGUGAAAACUUUAUGUCUUUAGUUUAUUUUGGACGUGGUUUGCUUCGAUGUGCCCAGAAGAGAUAUAAUGGAGGACUGCUAGAAUUUCAUAAAAGCUUACAAGAAAUAGGAGAUACAAAUGAUCAUUGGUUUGACAUAGAUCCUGCAGAAGAUGAAGAUUUACCUACAACUUUUAAAGAUCUUCUUAAUGAUUUUAUCAAGACAACUGAAAGUAAUAUAAUGAAGCAGACCAUUUGCAGUUAUCUAGAUUGUGAGCGAUCUUGUGAAGCUGACAUUUUAAAGAACACCAAUUACAAGGGAUUUUUUCAGUUAAUGUGCAGUAAAAGCUGCUGUGUUUAUUUCCAUAAAAUUUGUUGGAAAAAGUUCAAAAAUUUAAAAUAUCCAGGUGAAAAUGACCAGAGUUUUAGUGGGAGAAAAUGUUUGAAGGAAGGAUGUACAGGUGAUAUGGUAAGGAUGCUGCAAUGUGAUGUACCUGGAAUUGUUAAAAUUUUGUUUGAAGUUGUGAGAAAGGAUGAAUAUAUAACCAUUGAAAAUUUAGGAGCAAGUUAUAAAAAGUUGAUGUCUCUGAAAAUUACUGAUACUGAUAUAAGACCGAAGAUCAGUUUAAAAUUUAGUGCAAAAGAUGAAAUGCCUAUCUUCAAACUUGAUUAUAAUUAUUUCUAUCAUCUGCUUCAUAUAAUUAUCAUUUCUGGUACUGACAUUGUCCGGCAAAUAUUUGAUGAGGCUAUGCCACCCCCUCUUUUGAAAAAAGAACUUCUUAUACACAAGAAUGUGCUGGAACCCUACUACAACCAUCUUUGGACCAAUCACCCUUUGGGUGGAGCAUGGCAUCUGCUUUAUCCCCCAAACAAGGAGCUACCACAGUCCAAACAGUUUGACUUAUAUCUCCUAUUAGCUCUCAUAAAACAUUUGAAUGUAUUCCCUGCACCCAAAAAAGGCUGGAAUAUGGAACCAUCAUCUUCUGAUCUCUCUAAGUCUGCCGACAUCUUGAGGCUGUGCAAACACAGGGAUAUCCUCCUUAGUGAGAUUUUGAUGAAUGGUCUCACUGAGUCACAAUUCAAUUCAAUUUGGAAAAAAGUUUCAGAUAUUCUUCUGCGUCUUGGGAUGAAGCAAGAGGAUAUUGACAAAGUGAAGGAGAAUCCCAUUGAGAAUAUCUCCCUUGAUUACCAUCAACUGUCCAUCUACCUAGGCAUACCAGUACCAGAAAUCAUCCAGAGGAUGUUAUCCUGCUAUCAACAAGGAAUUGCUCUACAGUCAAUAACGGGCAGUCAACGUAUUGAAAUAGAAGAGUUACAGAAUGAGGAAGAAGAACUAAGUCCACCUCUCAUGGAGUACAAUAUAAAUGUGAAAUCAAACCCUGAAAUACAGUUAGCAGAAAUGAAUAAAGAUGGAGCAUCGAUACCCAGUGAAUCUUCAACAGAAUCUACUAAAGAUCUCCAGGAAGUUAAGAGUAAACCAAAGAAAAAGAAAAAGACUAAGAAUAAAAAGAAUAAGGAAUCAAAAGAAGAACAAGUCCCAAAUAUGGUAGGAAAGGAAGAGCCAUUGAAGAAAGAGCAAGCACAUCUACACCCAGUCAGUAAAUUUAUGAAAGAUGAUGCAAGUGAUAUUCAAGAGGAUUCUGCAACAGAAGACAAGUUCUAUAGUCUGGAUGAAUUACAUAUUCUGGACAUGAUAGAGCAGGGCUCAACCAGCAAAGUAACCACAGAAUAUGGAGAAACUGAGAAGGAGAAGCUUGCUCGGCAAAGGCAGCUUUAUAAAUUGCAUUAUCAGUGUGAAGAUUUCAAAAGACAGUUGAAAACAGUGACUUUUCGGUGGCAAGAAAACCAAAUGCAGAUUAAGAAGAAAGACAAAAUCAUUUCAUCUCUUAACCAACAAGUGGCUUUUGGAAUCAAUAAGGUUUCCAAAUUACAGCGUCAGAGCCACGCUAAAGAUAAUGAAAUUAAGAAUCUUAAGGAGCAACUUUCCAUGAAAAGAUCUCAGUGGGAAAUGGAGAAGCAUAACCUGGAAAGCACAAUUAAAACAUACUUAAACAAACUGAAUGCAGAAACUAGCAGAGCUUUAACAGCUGAGGUGUACUUCUUACAGUGUCGUAGAGAUUUUGGUCUGCUCCACCUAGAGCAGACUGAAAAGGAAUGCCUCAGCCAGCUUGCCAGGGUGACUCACAUGGCGGCAAGUAACCUGGAAUCACUUCAGUUAAAGGCUGCAGUAGAGAGUUGGAAUGCCAUUGUAACAGACGUUAGAAAUAAGAUUGCAUUCCUCAGGACACAGUACAAUGAACAAAUUAACAAGGUGAAGCAAGGGUUUGCCUUGAGUACCCUACCUCCAAUCCAGCUUCCUCCACCACCACCUAAUCCUGACAUACUGAUGCAGCAGUUCUUAGGAAGACCUCUUAUGAAAGAAUCUUUCUUUAGACCCAUACUCACUGUUCCUCAGAUGCCUGCCGUUUGCCCUGGAGUCAUCUCUGCACCUGGCCAACCUAGAGCUCCGCUGAUGACUGGUAUAGCCUGGACUGUACCGGCGCCUGUGGGAGACGCUGGGCCUCCUCCCAGUGCAGGUCUGGGAAGUGACCCCCCCAUGAUGAAUUGGGAGAGGAUUAUAGACAGGCUGAAAACUGUUUUUCCACAACAAACCAGAAAGGAGCUUACGGAUUUCUUACGGAAAUUGAAGGACAUUCAUGGGAAAUCCUUAUCUGGACUGACAUUUGAUGAAAUUGUGUACAAGAUUUCCCAAUUUAUUGACCCCAAGAGAUCACAGAGUCAAGGAAAAUCUGUGCCAAAUGGUAACUGUGUUUCACCCAGCCACACUCCUCCACAGUCUAAUGCCGCCCAGCCCCCCAAACCAGCCUGGAGGCCCCUUAGUUCACAAGGGCCUGCCACAUGGGAAGGAGACAAUAAUUUGGAUGAAGAGGAGGAAGAAAAGGAGCCUUGUGUGAUUUGUCAUGAGAAUCUCUCUCCAGAAAACCUCUCAGUUUUGCCUUGUGCUCACAAAUUCCAUUCUCAGUGCAUUAGACCUUGGCUGAUGCAACAGGGGACAUGCCCAACCUGUAGACUCCAUGUUUUGUUACCAGAAGAAUUUCCUGGUCACCCCAGCCGGCACUUACCCAAGAUCUGAUCCAAGAAGGUGACUAUGCAAAAGAAGUUCAGUUAUCAUAUUCCAGAAUUUAGUUUUGCCUUUUUAUUAUGAGCUGAUAGUGUGAGUGGUGUGAAGAAGUGUGUUCUUUAGCUAGCUUCUUUUGCACGAUACUAAUCUCAUCAAAGCUGCAGCCAAAGAGGACAGGAUAAAUCUUCAGGACUUGGAACUGAACUGAAAGGGCUUAAAUUUUAAAAGUUAUAUUAUAUUUGCCCUUAUCUUAGUAAGCAUUUUCUUCUGAUGGAAACAUCACUGUUAACAUAAAUCUUGGGAUGUUUUUUCUUGUCUUUUUCCUUCUUAUUCCACUUACCCUUUACUGAAAAUAUGCUGCAUUUUAAUUUUCUGAAAUUAAAAGGAAAAGUGGAAUAGAAAACAAGUACAAAAAUUCCACAGAUUUUGUUCCUUUUGAGUUUUAAAACUGCUUACAAAUUCUGUAACUGAAUUAUUUAAAUUUUAUCCCUAUCUUCCCUGUUCUUGUCUAGCCUCUUAAGUGUGUACCCACAAAGAGAUUACGAGCUGCUUGAGGGUGGGGACCAUACAGUAGUGUAUUGGAGCUUAGCUAAUAAUAGUUUGUAAGAGAUGACUGUUGAAUUGUUAGGAAUUUUGUGAGCCAGUUACCAAAUUGUUGGUAGCUUGAAAUGGGACAUAGGAGUAUUUAUACCAUAGGGAUCCAUAAAUAUUAUAAGUAAAAGAUUCUCUUCCCAAGAAGGGGUUUGUUAAACGUGUACCAGCCCACCACUGAAACCAUGUCCGAUCCUCCUCUGUGUUCUCAAUGCCUUGCACAGUAGGGUAAGCAUAAAUAUUCCCAGAAUCUGAAACAGGAAAGGAGUUAAUGUGUAAAUUAAGUCACUUGCUCAGCUAAAUAAUUGAGAUCUUAUGUUCAUUUGUAAACAUUGUUAUUGGACCUUACACUUGUAGGAUUCUUUUUUUCUGCCUUAAAUUUUCUUAAUAUCACUUUUGUCUUGCUGCAGGGUAUGAGGGACUGUUUAUAUGUAGCUGCUUCUUAGAACAAAGUUAAUAUCCACUGGGCUAAGUUGCUGCCUAAAGUUUGUCACUAAGAACUUUUAUUCUUAGAGGUCAAAACCCUAUUUUGAAAAUAGUAUUGUGUAAAUGUUGUGUUAUACAUGUCUCUAGUUAAAUAUAAAGAAUUCAGUUACCAUGUAAGAUGUUACCUGGGUCAUAUUUAAAUAGUUUCCAUAAAUUAAUGAAAUUGAGACUGUGAAUGUGUGUUUUGACUCAGCUAUUUUCUCUGUAUAUUUCAGUGUAAAUGUAUCUUGAAGUUACUUUAAAUCUGGUUAAUUAUCUAUUUCUGUAAUUGUAUGCUAAAUGUUUUCUUCUGUAAUGAUAAUAGACUGGAAAAUGUAGAAGAAAAUAUCCAAAAAUGAAGGCAGUCUUCUAGACACUUAAAAUGCCAAGAAUCUCUCAAUUGAAAAAUUCAGAAAUUAUAAGGCCUUUAAAAAUUGUCUAACACCUUGAGGUCAUAUGGCAAAUUAUCUUGUAAAAAAUGUUUCUUAGUUUGUUUACAAGUACGAUUUCACUUCAUGUGGAAAAGAUUUUAUCUUUUAAUCAGUCCCAAUGUAUCCUGAAACUGUUUUAAAUCUAUUUAAAACAUCUAUAUCUGCUUAACUGUGAUUUUUUUUUUCUGUUAUGACAAAGAAUAGGAAAAUACCCAAGAUGGUAGUCAUUGAGACUUAUAGAAUGUCAGAAUGAUCCUCUAAGACUAUCACCUCAUUUUAUAAGUACAUCUUGCCUAAGAUCAUAUGGAUAAGUAGCAUCUGGGCCAGUCCUAAUUCUUGAAGGUGCUGGCACUUGGCCACAGGCAUUCUUCACAAAAUCAGUCUGUAAGAAUUUCUUGGUGCUGACUCAGCCAUCCUUGGGUCUAAGGAUGGGGCCAGAGAACUCACCACAGUAACUGUUAUGUAGUGAGAAUGUAGUAGGAUUGUACUUUUGAGAGUCAUGUCCAAUUCUACAGGUGCUGAAGGUAAUGGUAUUUUUUUCUUUUUGAUAAGUGUAAUCAAACAAUGAAGACAACUGUCAGGGACUUUCUAUGUAAACAAUACUCACUGUCAAUCCUGUGGCUCCUGAGAGAUCUAGAAUCCCAUCCUUCUCGGGGAAUACAAUGAGGGAAGUGGCAACAUUUACAUCAAAAACAAUCUGUAAACGUCUAGUAAUAUCAUUACAGCUGCUGUCAGAAGAUAUGUCUUGUAAUGUUUCCCUUCAAAUUUAUUUUGUCUAUAAUUAUAACAUUUUCCAGCUAUUUUGAGAUACUUUCAAAAUGCCUGUUACCUCAUUUGAUCCACUGAUAAUUCUAAAGUGGUUGUUUAGUAGAUAUUCCUUAUUUUACAGAUGAUGAAACUGAGGCCCAAGUAAGAAAAAUAAUCCAAGGUCAUAGCUACAAAAUGACAUUUUAAUUUGAAUGCAGAUCUUCUGUCCCUUGGUGUUCUCUUUUAGUACUUCACAAAUACAUCUCCACUUUGGAUUGACUUUGUACAAACAAGAAAAGUGGUUUUUUCUUCUUUGUAAAUAAUAUUCAUCAAAAUAAAAUGAAACAAAUGGUAAA